UUUACUACGCGCCGGGAGACGCCAGGACUGUGGAGGACUGAGAGGAGACGCGUGACGAUGCACGCGUGCCGAAUCGAAUAACCGAAUAAUCAUCUAGCAAUUUUCUCUUCAGCAUACGACACGAGUUUUGUGGACAGAUUGGAUACGUUAGCGGAUUAGCGGCACGACAGGAGAGUUCGCGUAGAGUCUUGCUGUUAGUCAUCGUGUUCCGGAUGUCGCGCGCCGUGUGGUAAACAGCGGUGAACACUGGUGUCUCGCGACGACCGUGGCGGGAAAGCGACGACUGGUCGUCGCUAAUUUGUAACAAACGCGCGGAGCUUUUUCUCUCGAGCGAGUACAAAUGGCACUGCUAUUCACCAGCAUGUGGGACUCGACAUUGCUCCUGAAUACUCUAACCCCAAAAUUCUACGUCGCCCUCACCGGUACGUCGUCCCUCAUCUCCGGUUUGAUUCUCAUCUUUGAAUGGUGGUACUUCAGGAAGUAUGGUACUUCGUUCAUCGAGCAAGUGUCACUGAACCACAUCUCGCCGUGGAUCGGCGGAGGUGACAACGCUAACGAUGGCAAUGGUACAAGCCUCAGCAACUCAGGAGGAUCCUCCAAUCAUCAGAACGUGCCCGAGUGUAAGGUCUGGCGCAAUCCGAUUAAUCUCUUCAGAGGCGCAGAAUAUCAAAGAUUUUAUUGGGCCACUAACAAAGAGCCUCUCACAUAUUAUGACAUGAACUUAUCUGCACAGGAUCAUCAGACAUUCUUUACCUGUGAAGGUGAUACUGGUAAAGCAGAGUACGAGAUCAUGCAAACAGCUUGGAGAGAGCGCAAUCCAGUAGUGAGGAUACAAGCGGCACACAGUGCUCUCGAUCGUAAUCCUGAUUGUGCACCAGCUUAUAUUCUUCUUGCGGAGGAAGAGGCCACUACUAUCAUCGAGGCGGAGAAGAUCCUGAAACAAGCUUUGAAAGUGGCUGAAAACAAUUAUAGGAAAUCACAGAAUACUCAACACCAGGGAUCCAUAGCUGAGGCAAUACACAGAAGGGAUACGAAUGUAUUAAUCUACAUCAAAAGAAGACUAGCAAUGUGCGCGAGGAAGUUAGGAAAACUUAAGGAAGCGGUGAAGAUGUUUCGUGAUCUCACAAAGGAGGUACCGCCCAUCAUGAAUGUAUUGAAUAUCCACGAGAAUUUGAUCGAGACCCUAUUGGAGAUGCAGGCAUACGCGGACGUGCAAGCUGUUCUAGCCAAGUAUGAUGACAUCAGUCUGCCCAAAUCGGCAACUAUUUGCUACACAGCGGCGUUGCUGAAGGCCCGUCUGGUGGCAGACAAAUUUUCACCCGAUAUUGCUAGCAAACGCGGUCUGACCACCGCCGAGAUGUCGGCAGUGGAGGCGAUCCAUCGGGCUGUAGAAUUCAAUCCUCAUGUACCCAAGUAUCUCCUGGAAAUGAAGCCGCUCAUCUUGCCUCCCGAGCAUGUGCUAAAACGUGGUGACUCCGAAGCGAUUGCGUACGCGUUCUUCCAUCUGGCACAUUGGAAGCAGAUAGAGGGUGCCCUAAAUUUACUCCACUGUACUUGGGAGGGCACGUUCAGGAUGUUACCUUAUCCACUUGAACGUGGGCAUCUGUUUUAUCCAUAUCCAACGUGUACUGAAUGCGCCGACCGGGAACUCCUGCCAUCGUUCCACGAUGUCAGUGUCUAUCCGAAGAAGGAACUGCCCUUCUUCAUUCUUUUUACCGCCGGUCUGUGCUCGUUCACUGCACUGUUGGCUCUGUUGACUCAUCAAUAUCCGGACACCAUGGGCGUAGUCGCCCGUUCGAUGCUUGCCUGGUUCUCCCAUCCGUUUUAUUAUCUUCUUGACAAACUAGCUAUCUUGCCCUCUAACUUAUUGCAGCAGCUCUCUAGAAUAUAAGGCUGUAUUUCCAUAUGAUCUCCAUUAAUAUAAGGACUUAUUGUGAUACUUGCGACAUACUUAUUGCUUUAUUUCUAUUGUAGGCGUCUUUAUGAGGUAUGUAAAUGUGUAAAAGUUCCAAUUUACAAUUUUUGUCGUGACUGAUACCGUACUGAUAUCUUGUAACGACGAUUAUGUGUUUAUGUACCGUUAAGUUCGAAUCUGAACUCGAAACAACGGACAAUGAGUAUAACAGUAAUAAGA